AUGGUUUCCUCACCCUCUCGCCCUCUCGCCCUUCAAGUAUCUCUCUCCGCCAACAGAAGCAGCUUCAUCGCCCAUGUACCACCAUCGCCCUCUCCUUCCAUCCCACCAUCGCCCUCGCCCUCCAAUUCCGGCGCGUCCUCAUCAAGCUCGUCCAGCGGCCGCCUCAGCCGGGCGGAUGACGAGGAUGCAACCGUCAAGAUAAAUCGCGCCUCGUUUAUAUCUACCAAAGGAAAGCAUCGAAGCCACGAGUAUAUGACGGAGCUCACUUACUCGAUAUCGGACAUCCAGACGCGAAUAUUCGAGAUUCAGGAGCUGCGGCACAAAUCGCAGGGCUCGAAGGACGCGGGAGCAGCGACGGGCGUGAUCGACCAGUCGCUCGUGAGCCUCGACGAGAAGUUCGAGGCGGUCUCGAAGAGCAUCAAGGCGAUCAACGAUGUGCUCGAGCCGUUGCUCGCGCAGUCGGAGAAGACGCCGACGGUCGCACACUCGCUGACCGAGGAGGAGAGCGCGAUCCUCCGGGGCCACGCGUCGCUCAUGGCGGACUGGGAUGCAUUGCAGAAAGAGAUUCAGGACAAGUGGUUGACCGUCUUCCGGACGGUGACGGAUCAGGCGGACGGGAUGAUGUCCAGCUUGGAGAAGGCUGUCAACCGAUGUCAGGACUUCAUGGUCGACGAUGCGGUGGCUACGUCGAAUGCUUCGUCAUCGGUGCGCUCCGAUAAGCCUCUCACAUACGAGACGUUUAUGACGCUCCUGGAGUCCUUCGAGGCGAAGAAGAAACAUUACAUGCCCGCCACCACCAAGGUCCUGUCUAUCAUCGACAAAGGAGUCCAGGACCGUGUUACAAAGAACGGCGAGUGUUUGCGACGACACGCAGAGUGUACCCAGCGUUGGCGAAACUUGAAGGAGCGAAUAGCCAGGACGGACAAUGACAUGGACAACCUACGAAGACUUUUCCUUCAGGGCAGCGAUAGGCGCUCAGCUCGGGAGAAUCAAGCCUGUCCGCUACGACAUCGCGGUGAGAAGAAAGGUCGCUCCCCAAGUACCGCCAACACGAUAUCCCGCUCCAUAUCCCCCUUCCGCAAGAUUGCACGGAAGCUCAAGGCCGGCACCUCAGGCACUAAGUCUCCUGCCCCAGGCAAGAUGACCCCAGUCCCGGCCAGAGUCCCGCACCUCGCGGACACCCGAACCUUCGCCCUCACACCUGACUCGUCGCCGUCACGGAGAGCCGAUACAGCCAAGUCCAAUCGUCCAGCAUGGAACAGCUCGACGAAGGUGGAGGCCGAGGCUGGCGGGACGAUCAAGCCAUCUUCUCGCCAACCAUCCAUCUCCGGCCGCUCACGAGCAUCAGGAGAGGAAAUACCCCCCGUCCCUGCGCUGUACCAAAGGAGUCUCUCCCGCAGUUCUAUGUCCUCUUCUCGACCCUGGUCCCCUGUAACAUCUUCUGCCUCUACUGCACCAUCCUCUAACGCUUUCUCCUCUCUGUACCGUUCCCCUUCCCGUGCGCACACUCCUGGCCUCCCCACCACACCUGGAGGCUCACACGUGUCCCCGCCGCGCACACGUCCCAAGACUCCAAGCUACAUUCCCGGCCCCUCGCAGCACUUGCGCUCGAUGUCUGGGGAGACCAGUCCCACCUCACUUGCGCAGCGUGCCAUGUCCCCUACCGGCCAGACCUUCCCCGCACGCCCACCGAGCCGGUCGAUGAUCCCCAUCCCCUCUGUGCACGUCUCCUCCGCCUCCCGCCCGGGCACCUCCAUGUCCUACCGCCCCGACAGCGCAAUGUCCUUCCGCGCGUCCGCGAACCGCGCGGCGACGCCCGAGGGUAUGCUUCGGAUGACGCCUCGCCCACGCCUUCCCCCGUCGUCGUUCAGGGACGGGACACCCGGCUCGGCGUCGCGCCCCGGGUCGCGGGCGGGGGCGGAGACGCCGCUGGACGAUGAGUUCCUCGGAGAGCCCCUACACUGGUAUACGCCCGGCAACGGCCGGGACCCGCUCGACACCGGGGUCGCGGCGGUGGUGAACGCGGUGCCGCACGGGCUGAAGAUCGAGCGGGUGGACCCGCCGCUGCGGCAGGUGCCGAAGGAGGGCGAGGAGGUGCGGGCGCAGUACGCGUUCACGAACGCGGUCGCCCGGAAGGUGGUCACCUGCAAGCUGACGACGAUGCACCGCUCCGGCGGGCGCGGGACGACGAAGAAAGUGAUGUGCCGCGUUGGGGGUGGAUGGCAAGACCUCCGGACAUAUGUUCUCAGCCGCGGCUAG